AUGCUGCAGGAUGAUGCUUGCAAAACAUUACAUGAGUUCUGGCUUGAGGAGCCUUCUGCUUCACAAACUCAGGUCUUUGAAGAUGGUAGUACUGUUCCACUAGAGGUGGCUAAGAAAACUGAGCAAAUCGUUAAAAUGCUGAAGAGAUUGCCAAAUAAUCAGCUUCUUGUAACUAUAAUAAAGCGCAACUUGACUCUUGAUUUUUUUUCACCGCAAUCACAUGUGCUAGUCUUGCAUGCAUUUUGUCUUGUGGACCCAACUCUCUAUGCACCAGCUUCUAACCCUUCCCAGUAUGUCAUUACUUUGCAGCCAUAUCUGAAGACUCAGGUUGACAAUAGCAUGGUCGCACAGCUACUUGAGAGUAUAACAUUUAUAAUUGAUGCUGUGUUGCCAUUGCUGCGUAAGUUACCUCUCAGUAUCGUGUAUGAACUUGAACAAGAUUUGAAGCAGAUGAUUCUUCGACGCUCUUUCUUGACAGUUGUCCAUGCUUGUAUCAAAUGCCUUCGCAGUAUGAGUAAGAUUGCUGGAAAGGGGGUAGAUGUAAUUGAGCAUCUUAUCCAGGUCUUCUUCAAAUGUUUGGAUACCCAGGCAAUUGUAAACAAACAGCAAGUUGGGCGAUCUCUCUUCUGUAUCGGCUUACUUAUUCGUUAUGGCAACUGUUUGCUAGCAAGCUCUGGUAAUAAACUCGUUGAUGUCAGAAGGAGCCUCAGCUUGUUUAUGAAGUAUCUUGCCGUGGAUGAUUAUUCUCUUAAGGUUAGAUCAUCGCAGGCACUAGGAUAUGUUCUAAUUGCAAGGCCUGAAUUUAUGUUAGAACAUGACAUUGGAAAGAUACUGGAGGAAACACUGUCUUCUCAUGCUGAUGCUCGGCUUAAGAUUCAAGCAUUGCAAAACAUGUUCGAGUAUCUUCUUGACGCUGAAAGCAAAAUGGAAGCAGAAGUUGAUGAUAAUGUGCCUGGUCACUCGGUCAGAGCUGGGCAGAGUGUACCUGUUGCUGUCGGGGCUGGAGAUACAAGCAUAUGUGGGGGUAUUGUUCAGUUGUACUGGGACAAUAUUUUGGGUCGAUGUUUGGAUUGUGAUGAACAAGUUCGACAAUCAGCCUUGAAGAUUGUUGAAAUUGUGUUGCGCCAAGGUCUUGUUCAUCCCAUCACCUGUAUUCCAUAUCUCAUAGCACUUGAAACAGAUCCUCUGGAGUCAAAUUCAAAAUUGGCUCAUCAUCUCCUAAUGAAUAUGAAUGAGAAGUAUCCUGCAUUUUUUGAAAGCCGCUUGGGUGAUAGACUUCAAAUGUCCUUUAUGUUCAUGCAAGCUAUUUGUGUUAUUCCUGAUGAAAAUGUUAACCACAAGACCCCAUCUAAGAUCCUUGUUUCUGGAAAAGGGAAACCUGAGUCUGACUCAAUCACACAAUCAAGAGUUGGGGUUUCUCGAAUAUACAAGCUCGUCCGAGGGAACCGGAUGUCGAGGAAUGAAUUUAUGUCCUCAAUAGUGCGAAAAUUUGAUAAUCCAAAAUGGAACAAAUUUGUAAUAGCUCUCUUAACGUACUGCACAGAGGUUCUUGCCUUGCUCCCAUUCAUUGCACCUGAUGAACCACUUUAUUUAAUCUAUGCUAUCAAUAGAGCAGUUCAGGUUAGGGCUGGUCAACUGGAGGCGAACUUCAAAGCCUGGUGUUCAAGCUUAUUACGGAGUGAGGGUGACGUUACACCUCAUGGGAAUGGAAUGCAUCAACAAGCGCCAAAUGAACCUAUUCAUUCAACCCAAGUUAUGUCAACGGACUUAAAUGGUACAUUUCAGCAAAGUGUAGAUGUUCAGCCCAACCUCGAUGACAUGAAGAAUAGGAUGGGGGCCAAUAGAAAAGGGUUUUGGGUGACUUUGGUCAAUGUUGACCAAAAAGUCAACUGUUGA